CAGGGUGCCCUGCUGACGUCAUCGUGCGGCGCGGACUACAAGUCCCGGCAUUCCCCGCGGGCGGUGCGCUCAGUCUGACAGGGAGCGGAGGUGAAGGUGGGAGCGAUGGCCGAGCCCCGAGUGUUCCCCUUGUCGUGUGUCGUUCAGGACUAUGCAUGGGGCAAACUAGGCAGCGACAGUGUUGUAGCACAGCUAUGGUCAAGAGGUGACCCCGAUCGCCAGAUAAACUCAGAAAAGCCCUAUGCUGAGCUGUGGAUGGGAACUCACCCCAAAGGAGAUGCUCUCAUCAUAGACAACCGGAUUACCGAGAAGACCUUGAGUCAGUGGAUCUCUGCUCACCCCGAGUGCCUAGGGUCAGCAGUCAGAGAGAAAUUCCAGGAUCAGCUUCCAUUCCUGUUUAAAGUACUGUCUGUUAGAUUAGCUCUGUCCAUUCAGGCACAUCCAGACAAGACCUUGGCCAAGAAGCUCCAUACUCAGUUUCCUCAGCAUUAUCCUGAUGACAACCACAAACCAGAAAUGGCAAUAGCACUCACCCCGUUUCGAGGCUUGUGUGGAUUUCGGCCUAUUCCUGAGAUUGUAGCUUUCUUGCGAGAUGUCCCUGAGUUCCGUGCUCUGAUUGGCCAAGAGGCGGCUCAGAAUUUAGAGUCUGUUGCUGCAAGUUCGGAUGAAGCCCAAAUACGGAGUGCUCUGCAGAGAUGCUUCACAUGCAUGAUGCAGAGCGGCAAGAAGGAGUGUGCAGAACAGCUUAAUCUGCUUGUACAGCGUGUGUCCCAACAAGCUCAGAGCGGAGGAGAUGUCUCUCAUUGUAUCGGAGACCUACUCCUCAAGCUGCAUUUGCAAUUUCCUGGGGAUAUUGGGUGUUUUGCCAUUUACUUCCUCAAUGUUCUAACUUUACACCCUGGAGAGGCUAUGUUCCUUGGAGCCAACGAACCCCACGCUUAUUUGGAGGGAGAUUGUGUGGAGUGCAUGGCUUGUUCUGAUAACACCGUUCGUGCCGGUCUCACUCCAAAAUUUAUAGACGUCCAGACUCUGUGUGAGAUGCUGACCUACACUGCGGCUCCAGCCAGCUCCAAACUCUUUCAGCCAACACCAAUCAGAGAGGACCCCUAUGCCAUAGUCUAUAAUCCACCUGUGCCAGACUUUACAGUCAUUAAAAUAGAGGUACCCCCGUCCGUGUCCCAGUACAAAGUGGCGGGCUUAGAGUCGGCCAGCAUUUUGCUUCUGGUCAAAGGCCAAGCCACCAUCAGUGGGUCACAGGAAGGGCUUAGUCUUCACCCAGGCUCUGUUCUCUUCAUCUCUGCUAACGAGUGCUUAGUCCUCAAUGUUGGUGCCACGGAACCCCUCCUGAUGUUUAGGGCCUGCUGUCUCCUUUGAUGUAGCAAAGCCCAAGCAUACCUUAAAACCUAGUUUUAGAAACCCUUUACGCCUUACGCGGUGCAUUUUGACUGUGUCUCCCUGAAUAUCAAAUAAGAAUUGUAUCAGAGUAGAAAGAUCCCCUGCUUGGUGUUGGUUUAAUAGAUUUUAAAGUAGAAGUUACCCCGUAUACCUGCGUAAGGUCAUGCUGAAUAAAUCAUUAGCUUUUCAUGGCCUGCUUAUAUAACGAAGGGAUCCUUUUGCAUUGAAGACAUCCUAUAUAAGAGCCUUAGAAUAGCAGCUUAGAUGGCCUAUGUUUGAAUGGAAUUCAAAGCAGGUUCAAUUGUUUUGCAAGCAUGUUACCUGCAAAAACCAGUAGCAUGGAAAAGAGUUAAUCGUCAUAUUUCCUAAAAGAAGACCUCCUGCCCCGAGUAUACAGCAGAAUGCAGCUUUUAACAACCUAUUUUAAUAGAAGCCACUUACACUCCAUAAGAUUAUGCUGCAAAUGUCCUACUGAGCUCAGGUUUCUACAAUGAUCUGUGUGUUAAUGCCUGUUUUUACAUAUGUACAAAGCACAGGGGCAGUAUUGUCACAAGAGGAUAUUAAAACAUUGCCAGGACAGGAUUUAUGUAGAAUGUGCCUUUAGCUGCUGGUUAAUUUUGGUGCUCCUUUAUUUCUAGUUAGUGGAUUCAAUGAUCACCUAGCAUUACGCCUAACUAUUUAAUGGUGCUGUAAAAUGCAGAACUGCUUGAAGUGUAACUAAGCCAACCUAUCUAUAGGUAGACUUAAAAAUGCCUAAAGCAUACACUGUGGUGGGACGUGGCGGUAGCUUUUUCCACCCAUAUCCAGUGUGGUUUAUUGCAUGAGUCUAUUUUAAUUUCUGCUCACCCAUCAGAGAAGCUUUGAAUCAUACACUGGUUGUCAUUAGGAAUGCAGUCUGGAUUAGAAAAAAUCCAUUAAGAUUACUGAAUUUAAAUGUACAAUUAUCAUAGUUACAGAAGGCAAAAUUGGCUGCAGUUUGGUUAAUUUCAACUGAAUGAGCACAUCUGCCGUAGUACCAGCUGAUGUCUGCUUUAAAAUCCGUAAUCCCACUGAAAAUACACUUUUUGUAACUUUAUCAAACAAUGAAUUGCAGAUGAAUUCCCUAUGAAUCUAUCAGUUUAAAAGCAAUUUUGCUAAAUUAAUUCACUUGUGUUUUAAAGUAAUGCAGCCUGCGCGCAAAUAGUUAAAAUUAUUUUAACAUUUUUUUUUUAAACAAAAAUAUACACAUAAAAGCAAUAACCUGAAUAAUUGUUUUAACUAUUCGGUUAUAGUAGCUCAAAUUGUGUCAAACCUUUCUCCCAUGGAGUUAGCUAUCAAAUGGCGCUAAUGACAGCUGCUGGUCCAGUUUAAUUAUUACUGUGUUUGAGCAGUAAGUAGCAUUUUUUUCAUCACUGGAUGCUGGUUUCACUUGCCUCUGGGGCUAGGCUGGAAUCUGGUCUCCAGUCUCUAAUUUGGAGGCUGCAUUACACAAAUAUGGUAAUUAUUGGCCAAUAUUGCACUCCAGAUGAACCAAGAUUCUUUUUGGUAAUCAAGAGUGUGAGAAUUCGGUCUUUAGUGAAUAACCUGGAUCCUAUUUCUGCCUAAAAGCUCCUAGGAUAUUACCAAGUCUAAUAAGCACAUCAAACUGAAUAGUUUAUGAAUGAGAAUCAAAUUCUGAAUAUAAUAUUGUAAAGCUCUGUGGAAUAAGUUGUCUCUCUAUAUAAAUGCCAAAAUUAAUAAUCAUCAUAACAGUAUUUAUUUAAAGACCGUAUUCCAGCCGAGCAAAUCCUUAACAGGACACCAUAAAUAUCUGAUGCAGGCCUUUUACUGCUCACUGUGUGCCCAGAA